AUGUCUAACGCACCCUCCCUGAAAGGCAUGCUCCCCCAAGCGGGGAUGGCUUACCCGGCCGGCGACACCAUCAUGGGCCUAGAACACGAGGACAUAAUGGCAAUCGACGAGAAGAUUGCCGAUGCCUUCACCAUCGGCCUGCAGCCCCUUCUCGCGUCCGCCGUCGGGGGCCCGGAGAGCGGGAUAGUGGACAUGGCGAGCAAGAUGCACUCCUCCGUCCCCUGGGCCCGCGAGCUCACACACGAGACGUUCUCGAACUUUUGCGGCGCCCUGCGUGUGGCCAGAGUCGCCUGGUACGUGAGCCCGCGCCCGCCGCUCGACGACGAGGACCACUCGCUGACCGCCAAGGCGAUCCACAUCUUCUACACCAUCAUCGGCGGUCUCUGGGGCGAAGACUCGGAGCUGGAGCGGCUGGUGGAUGGGUGGGACACCGACGAGCUCGGGGCGGAUGACAAUGACAGAGAAGAGGAGGGUGGGCAGACGCUUGCCGCACCCUUAACCCACGCCGGUCCAUCUGGCGAUAUCGAACAAUUCGCCGUGUCCUUGUUCUCUCCCUCAAUCCAGUCGAUAUUGCAGAUUGAGGGCGACGUCGACGUGAUGGCCGUCGACGGGGAGGAUUCUGGAGUGCUCCUGCGGGGUGGGCUAUGUUGGACCCCGCCCCACGGAGUACCGAAAUCCGACAAUAUCUCUCUCAUCCCGUGA